AUGGUAGCACCGAGUCAAAACCUUGCGCGGGCCACAGCGGAGAGCUAUAGUGUCGGUAAAGUAGGCAGUGACCUGUCUGUCAGGCACAACUACCCUGUGGAGCCCACCAAGCCGAAGGACUGCCAGGCCGCCCUCGAUAAGCUAUCUGGUGGAAGUCAAGAUAUUGAGUUGCCAAAAGAAGAUGUUGCCAAAUCCGCCACCUGCGAGAUUAGCAUCUGCGGCAGGGCGCCCCAUGCCGCCAAGAGUGUUUCGCCGACAGAAAUAUUGAAGGCAGCAAAUUCAGUCGUCAAUACUUGCCUGGUAGAAAACAAAGUAGCAGGCGCCACCAUCAUUGGCAAGGUUGGAGCUUCGUCAGGGUACCUGACGAUAGGGCAUCCCACCUCCCCCCCCUUCAACUACGAUGCCUGGUGGGAGAACAGCGUAAUCACCAUUGGCGAGUACACCGUUAGUCGCGAGUUCCCGGGCGGCGGCCGUGACGCGAGGAACGUAGGAAAUGGGUAUGAGGAGCUCUCGCUUCGCAUUUUCGACGAACUGAGGGCGAAGUUCAAGAAGGCGGCUGCCGACUCCAACGCCGUCAAGUACAAGGAGAAACUCAUGGUGGCAAAGGACAAAAAUCUUGCUUUCAAUUUCGAGAUCAAUUACGAAGCCAAGGAUAAGGUCAGCGAUAUGGAGACCGACGACUUCCAUCUGCUGCGGAUCCUCUGGGCCGUCCUGAUGAAUCCUCGCGGUUACAUACCCAGCGAUGCAGAGGCUUCUGUCGAAAAGGGCGGCAAGUACCUGGGAAAGUUCAAUGUCAAGGCGAGUUGGACCCAAGACAAGGAUGAUGCAAUUACCCUCCAGGAUAUUACGAGAUCGAACAGUGUGCAGGCGCCUGAAGGUACGGCGGGCGGUGAGAUGGUGCCGAUUUGCGUGUGGGACAUGUAUCCUAAGAAGCUCUAG